GAAAGAUGCACACACAGUUGAGUCAGGGAACGGAGUGUGUGUGGACGGGUGUGUGAGAGAGCUGACUAUACACAGGGUCCAGGGCUGCCGUUCACAAGAGUCCCUUACCUGUGCGGAACAAAUAGUGAAUUGGAGAUGAAAAGGCGCCCCCGUGCCAAUGACCAAAAUAAGGGCGAGCGAGUGCUUAGGCUGAACGCAUAGGCUAUUUUAGUGAAUGUUCUAACGAUUUCUGAGACAGUUUUGAGUGAAGGUAAAUUUGGACUCUUAAUUCCUACUCUGUUAGUCUUUAAUUUGUAUUUUUCACCUGGAUUUGUAUCACUGUGUGAUUUGUAUCACUGAGUGCUCAAUGGAAGAAGAAAAUAACUUGCAUCCAAGAGAUCCAACAAGUGGCUGAAUUAAUAUUAUUUAUCUGCAUGAACGACUGGACAAAAACAACGGAUUUAAGCAUCGUUGAAUUGUCUCAUUGUCUUUGUCUGCCUCUCUUCUACCGCACGGUUCCUUCCUAUCCAUGGACUUGACCACCGCACCCUCUUUGAAAGUAAAGUUGUGAACGACUCUCUGAAGAACCACUCAUAUGAAGACCAGGUCACAGGUGGCAGCCCCAGACCGUCACCGCAGCCAUGCCUAUCAUGCAUCCAAUCACCUCCAAUUUGAUGUACCGGGGCAUCUGCACUAUCCCGGACAUGCUCGCCUACCGAGCCCCGGUCAACCUGCCCGAGGACGAGGUUGAAGAGAUCCGCGAGGCGUUCAAGGUGUUUGACCGUGAUGGGAAUGGCUUUAUUUCCAAGCAGGAGCUAGGCAUGGCCAUGAGAUCCCUGGGAUACAUGCCCAACGAGGUGGAGCUGGAGGUCAUCAUACAGAGACUGGACAUGGACGGUGAUGGUCAGGUGGAUUUUGAGGAGUUUGUCACUCUCCUCGGACCCAAGCUGACAGCAGCCGGGAUGCCUGACAAGUUCCACGGAACCGACUUUGACUCCGUGUUCUGGAAGACUGACAUGCAGAAGCUGACGGUGGAGGAGCUGAAGAGGCUGCUGUACGAUACGUUCUGCGACCACCUGACCAUGAAGGACAUCGAGAACAUCAUCAAGACCGAGGAGAGCCAUAUAGAGAACGCAGGGGCCUGCCAGGUGGAUAUAGACACUAGUCCAACGCAGCAAGUCAAGCAGACGUGUGUACGCAAGAGCCUGAUAUGUGCUUUCGCCAUUGCUUUCAUCAUCAGUGUCAUGCUUAUCGCAGCCAAUCAGGUGCUGCGGAGCGGCAUGAAGUAGACGGGGACACCUAUGGCCUCCUGACCCUCUGAAAGAGACUAAUGUAAGACACCUGGACAAAUGACUGAGGAAAAACUUCUAAACCACAAACACAACCAUGACCAGAACAACAACAAUGACAAAAACAACAACAGAUGAUCAAACCAACAUUUAAAUAAACUGAAAGGAAAAUAAUACAUGGCUCUCAUCCAAUUGACUUCAUGGGCAUAUUUCCCAACUUGCUCCUUAAACUCCUUUCUAAAUGGAACCCAUUGAGCCACUACUAUGUGGGCCUGGAGGAUGACCAUCAUCUGUGCAUGAAGUGCAUGGAUUUAACCAGUCGUCUCUUGAAACAUUUGUAGAAGUUAUAAUAAGUGUAUAUCCAUAGAACUGUGUAACAAACAUAGGUGUGUUUUAAAUCACGUAUGGCCAACUGUGACUUUCACUUUUGUUAAUGGGGUUGGGGUCGGAGGUCAAGGUGUCAGGUUAAGGACCAAAGUUCAGUGGUCAGGGGAGGGAAUGGAGAAUUUGUUUUCUGUACUGUUUACCAAAUAAUAUUUAAUGAUAGGAAUACUUCACAGUUCUGCAUGAACAUAAGGGCUGUUUAGUAGACUACAUGCUCGUAUUGUAAAAGUAGUUUGUUGGGGAACUGUUCUUAUCGACGUACUGUGGACUAUUAACUUCACUGAGCACCCCAUGACGAUCAUCAUAGUAUAUCUUACUGCCAAUGAAAAACAGCUCAGACGUGAUGGAUUGUAUUAGCAUAUCACUGAGAAAUCCUAAAGUAUGUUAUUGAUAUUUGUUAUAUGUGCAUAGCCUAGUGCAGGUAGCUAAGUGGUUAGAGCUUUUUGCCAGUAACCGAACGGUUGCUGGAUCAAAUCCCCGAGCCGACAACAUACAAAUCUGUCAUUCUGCCCCUGAACAAGGCAGUUAACCCUUCUGUUCUCCGGUAGGCUGUCAUUGUAAAUAAGAAUUUGCUCUUAACACAUUUGUUUUUAUUAACAUACAAAGAAGAGGGUUGUUAGCUCUGUAUAAGAUGAAUGAUGGAAUAUAUUUUGUGCUCCUUGGUCAGUCCUAUUUACAUGGCUAUAUUGAGCAAUAAAUCAUGAGUAUAUAUAUAUCACAUGUGAUAUCACCGGCCAGACAUGAUCUAUAUAGUCCUUUAGGCUCAUCUAUAGGGCAGCCCUGCAUUGGUGAAUCAAAGCAGGAGCAAUUACCUUCAAUCUGAUUCUGUCCCAUGUUAGGUUCUUGUUGUCCUUGGGAUGCAAAGCCCGGACGUCUAUGAGAUAAAAGAAACAAACAAAAAUUACUCAUCUUUAAAGGACCUAAACAGUUAUUCUGAAACUACCAGGAAGUUUAACAAGACAGGCUAAGUGGGUGGGGAGCUUAUAUUCAUGAGCUCACCUUGACUGACAGCUUUUUGAAAGCUCUAUGUCAAGCAACUUGGAUGUUUUGAGAAGUGUUGCAGUAAAAUCAUCUCAAGCACAUUUGGUGAUACACAAAGCAACUCAAACAACGUUAAAAUUGCAUCAAUUCAAUAUAUAUAUUUUUUAUACAUCUCCUGUUUGGAAUGUCUCCUUGUGAUGAGGUUUACAGCAGCACUGACGAUUUGUUGGCUUUUGUUCCAUGCUGGCUGAAUACCUAGCUAACCAGAAAUGAACACCAGACACGGAUGAAUGGGGUAACAUAUACAGUAAGUAGCUUUGCCAUAGAUGAAGAGGGUAAACUUUUAAUUAUAUUUACUAUCACCCUACAGUCAAAAUUUAGCACCAGUAGAGUAGCUAUCUAGCUAUGUGCACCACGCCUCUCUGAAAACACAUAUUUUUUAUUGGUUACAGGGCAGAACGUAUUUAGGUAAGAUAACAUCAUGUUACAAUUGGUGUAAUAAAAUGAGAGUUAAAGGGAUGUCACCUUGAUUCCAAGUGUUCCAAGUGUUUAACAUGGGGGAGGGGACCAGUAACUUUAUGAUAAAACUAUGUCAAUGUAGAAGCAACAGUCAUUUUUCAUGGGCAUCAUAGUUUGAUGACCAAAGUUUCCUUCCGAUAUUUCAUGAAAACUUGAUUAAGACUGUUCAUGACCAUUAAGGCACUACUGAAACAUCAGGUUUCUAUCCUCUUUCAUUCUGGAACUAUACCGCAGCUAUACUGAACAUCACAUGGCCUGUGAAGCUCUGCAAUAAAGCACUACUCCAUGCCUGUGUAACAUUUACGCUAUCCCAGUGGUCUUUAAAGUGUUCUGCAUGUUUGCCAAUGUUGCCAUUGAAUGACGUCCAUGAAUACUGAGAGAAUCUGUAUACAUAUGUAAGAUACAAAUGUCAACCAAAGCUAUGAAAGUAAAUCACUGUAUGUAGUUAAAGGUCUCUUACAAACCACAAGAUCAUGAACAUUUAAUAGCUCAUCAUUAGGGCCUAGAUUCAAUCAGUUCCAGCGCUAUCUGACAACUGCAUAGCAGUUUCAUUGUUUUGUUGAGGUGAUGUCUAGGUGUGAUAGAUGCCUUGUUUAGGUGAUGUAACUGUGCUGGAGCUAUCAAAUUGGUGAGCCGCUGCUCUUGUCGUCAUUGUCACGUUUGACAUUUUACUGCAAUGUUAGGCGCUAGCAACAAAAGCAUUUCGCUGUACCCACCAUAACAUCUGCUAAACUGUGUAUGCGACCAAUAAACUUUGAUUUGAUACCACACCGUCCUUAAACUCCCACCUGUGUUAUAAGUUCAGAACGAGAAAAUGUAGCCAAAAUAGAAAAAAUGACACUCAAAUUGAAAAUCCUUGAAGUAAACAAUGAAGAUUUAUACAACAAAAUAUACAUUACCGCUCAAAAGUUUGGGGUCAUUUAGAAAUGUCCUUGCUUUUGAAAGAAAAGCACAUUUUUUUGUCCAUUAA